AAAUAAAAUAGAAAAUCUUUCCUUGUGAAUUUCGAAAUCAAGAAAAAAAAUUCACAAAAAUUUGUAAGUGUGUAUGAGUUGCAAACACAACACACAUGAAUUCAACGAUGAAGGUUGAAAGGUUUCUGUCUCUUCCUGUGUUAGGAGUAUUGUCGGUGAUGCUUUUUCUCUGUUACACAACAAUCUUCAUCUUCCUCGAUGAUUGGGUCGGUUUACGCACUUCCCCUGGCACCUUGAAUUCCUUCUUCUUCACUCUCUUCGCUUCCCUCUCCCUUUUCUCUUUCUUUCUCUGCGUUCUCACUGAUCCUGGCCAUGUCCCUCCUUCCUUUUACCCCGAUGUUGAAUCCACAAAUGCCAAAGAUAAUGCAGAACAGAAGAAAUGUGAUAAGUGCUUUGGUUAUAAGCCUCCCAGGACUCAUCAUUGUAGAGUCUGCAGAAAGUGUGUUCUGAAAAUGGAUCAUCAUUGCUUGUGGAUUAAUAACUGUGUUGGUUAUUGGAAUUAUAAGGCUUUCUUUGAUUUUAUAUUGUAUGCUACCAUAGCAAGUGUUUAUUCUACGGUUCUGUUUAUAAGCUGUGUACUUCAGAAGGAAUGGGGGCAGAUUAAAGAGAAUUCUCUUAAGUUCUUUUAUGUAAUGUAUGGAACAAUGGUGGUGGGUUUGACCCUAACCCUUCUGUCUCUUACUGGAUGGCAUAUCUACCUUAUUCUUCAUAAUAUGACAACCAUAGAGUAUUAUGAAGGAAACCGUGCAAAAUGGCUAGCUGCUAAGUCUGGACAGAGCUACCGGCAUCCAUACAACAAUGGUGCAUACAAAAAUAUCACAUUGAUUUUAGGUCCAACCAUGCUGAAAUGGUUAUGUCCUACAUCAGUGAGCCAUUUGAAGGACGGAGUUAGUUUCCCUACAAUACGCGAUAAUUCAUAACCUUUUGUGUCGGAACAAGUACUGAAUCACCAGCAUGCCAUACCUUUUGGUCUUGAAAUGAGGAAAUGAGAGCUAUUUCAUCUGAAUUUGAUACUCAGACGACUGUUUAACAGGAACGCGUUUGAUCCUAUAAGCAAGCAUUUAUGCAAUGCCUUGAUGACAGUCCUCUCUACCGAAAAUGAUUUGUUGAAAAUAGAAACUUUGUAUGGAGAUGAUGUAAAUUAUCAGGUGACGAUAUUUGUGAUUUUAUUCAUAUCAAUUCAUUUUU